UGCAGAAUGCAAAUAAAGUGGGCGUGGCCCGAUGGGGGCGUGACCGCAGCGGGUAUAAAUAGGACCGGUGGGGGGCAACCAGCCGGAGUGACAGGCUUGAGUGGCGGUUGUGGAGGCGCGUGUGGCCGAGUGAGCAGUUUCUUUGGAGAAGAUCAAAAUCUAAAAUGGCAGGCAAAGGAAAUAAUACUGAUUGCAUGUCAUGCAGUGUGCUAAGCUGGGAGCAGGUCAGCCGUCUGCAUGAGGUUCUGACAGAGGUGGUUCCAAUCCAUGGACGGGGCAACUUUCCAACACUGAAAAUAACCCUGAAGGACAUUGUUCAGACCGUUCGCAACAGACUGGAUGAGGCAGGCAUCCAAGUACAUGAUGUCCGGCUGAAUGGCUCUGCAGCUGGUCAUGUCUUGGUCAAGGAUAAUGGACUGGGUUGCAAAGAUCUGGACCUAAUUUUUCAAGUGUCCCUGCCAACUGAGGCUGAGUUUCAGCUCGUCCGAGAUGUGGUGUUGCGGUCCCUCUUAAACUUCUUGCCAGAGGGGGUGAGCAAACUAAAAAUCAGUGCAAUGACUUUGAAGGAAGCCUACAUCCAGAAGCUAGUGAAAGUGUGCACAGAGACGGACCGAUGGAGCUUAAUAUCCCUCUCCAACAAACAUGGCAGGAAUGUAGAGCUGAAGUUUGUAGAUCGCAUACGACGACAGUUUGAGUUCAGUGUGGACUCUUUCCAAAUCAUACUAGAUGCCUUGCUUUUUUACUAUGACUGCUCAGAAAAUCCCAUGUCAGAGCACUUCCAUCCAACUGUAAUUGGAGAGAGUAUGUAUGGAGACUUUGAGGCAGCCUUCGAUCACCUCCGAAACAGACUGAUAGCUACCAAGAAUCCUGAGGAGAUCCGAGGUGGUGGGCUCCUGAAGUACAGCAACCUCUUAGUGCGGGAUUUCCGGCCCAUGGACAAGGAGGAGAUUAAAACUCUAGAGCGCUACAUGUGCUCCCGGUUCUUCAUAGACUUCCCUGACAUCCUGGAUCAGCAGCGCAAACUAGAGACUUACCUCCAGAACCACUUCUCCAAAGAGGAGAGAAGCAAAUAUGACUAUCUCAUGAUCCUGCGCAGGGUGGUAAAUGAGAGCACAGUGUGCCUCAUGGGACAUGAGCGGAGACAGACUCUCAACCUGAUCUCGCUGCUAGCACUUAGAGUGUUGGCAGAACAAAACAUCAUACCUAAUGCCACUAAUGUUACCUGUUACUAUCAGCCAGCACCCUAUGUCAGUGAUGGGAACUUCAGCAACUACUAUAUUGCAAACUCUCCCAUCCCCUAUAGCCAGUCUUAUCCUACUUGGCUGCCUUGUAACUAAUCUCUAACUCGAGUAUUUCUUAAAUGGGAUCUUGUGUGUGGUGGGAACCAUUAAUCAGCCAGAGGUUUUCUAAAGGGAAUCUGUGGCUUACCUCUGGCUCUGCUGUUUUCCUGGUGUGUGGUGUGAUCACACCACUAGGCACCUGGUUUAAAAAAAAAAAAAACCUUUUGGGACCCUCUGUACAAAAGCCACAAGAAGCCUUAUUGCCAUUAUUUUGUUAGGGGAAGGGAUCCUAUGGCCUCAUGUUUGUAAUUACCAUAGUUAGUUGUACAUUUCUGAAGAUAUGGCUGUUGCACAUUUGAUUUAGGUACUGUAAUACAGCUGCUUAUUAACUGAAGAAACUGUGCAAGAAUAACUUGUACAGGACCAAAGACAUUCUGUCCUAGAGCAGCAACAAGAUCAUUCUGUGUGUUCCUUAUUGCCUCCCCUGCUCACUUUACACUCCCUCAAUCUCAAGUCCUGGUCAGUUUUUCCAUGGGACUGCUCUUGCAUAAGCUGUUCCCCCUAACAGCUCAUGCUGUGCAUGAGCAUCUUGUACUUUCUGGCUUUACAGAAUGGGUCACUGUAGGGACACUACCCUCUUUCAUGGAGGGGCUCCAGAAUUUAUUGGUUCCUGCAGUAGCUGUGUAUUGCUUUUUCUAGAAGAGUUGAAAAUUGAUUUAUUGAAGUUUGACAGUGGGGCUGGUUGAAAUCCUCUUUUGGGUGCCAGUUUUCAGAAGAGACUUUCUCAGUCAGAUGACAAAUUCCCCAGAAUGUGAACUCGUAUGUACUAAAGACUGAAGUCCUUAACACAAUUAAAGCGUAAAAAACAAUUACAAGUAUUGAAACAAUGUUUGGGUUAAAAAGAAAAGUCUGAAGCCUGCCCUUCUAAAGGAACUAGAAGCCUUUUUGACUGGGCACCCCUUCCCAGGAUUGUCUUUCAGUGUUCCAAUAGGAAUAGUACACCUCCUGUAUUAAAGUUCAGCUUAACAUCCCCUUUCUCCGCCUCUUCUCCAUCACAUACAGUACUAAGAAGGCAUGCUUGUUUCUCAUAAAUUGUAGGAUGAGAUGUGCCCAUCUGGCACACUCCAAACACCCAACCUUUUCUCAGAUAUAUUACAGGAUUUACCAAGUGCCUCCUAUAAAUGCAUAUAUUCCUGUACACCUUUGGACAGGACCUCACCCUUCCCCUUACAGAAAGUAAUCUAAUAACUUCCUGUCUCAAACUGAAGAUGCUCCUUUCGGAGUUCAACAAUAGCCCUUUCACAAGUUCAUAGCAUCAGAUAAGCUGUUUGGAGACGUAUUGAAAUUCUCCUCAAAGUGUCUUCACUACCACUUGAGAAGAGAUGUUAAUGUCAUAUGAUUGCUAAAUGGUGUAGCACAAACACAACUCCCCACAAGGACUGAAUAAGGCAGAAAUUAGGCCAUGCUGUUUUAUGAGUAAUCUCUGAAGUGGAGACCUUUUUUCUAUGAAGGGGAGGAUUGCUCUUCAAAGGAGUAUGUGUCUUGAAUCUAGUUAAAUGGUGGAUGCUUAGCUUGCUUGUCUUGAACCUUCUGGGUUGGUUAGGAUGAUUAGGAAGGGUAUGUCUACACUGCAGUUAAACACCCAUGGAGGGGCUGAAGCUGUUGGGCUGUAAAAUUGCAGUGUAGAUGUUUGGGCUCAGGCUGGAGCCUGAGCUCCGGUACCGUCCUCCCACCUCACAGGGUCCCAGAGCUCAGACUCCAGCCUGAGCCCAAACAUCUGUACUGCAAUUUUACAGCCCUGCAGCCUGAGCCAGCUGACACAGUGGGUGUCUAAUUGUAGUGUAGACCUAACCAAAGGCUAAAAAUCCUAAAUCUUCCAGAGUUGUCCAUAGCGGGGUCGGGAAGCUUAUUGGCACAUUAACCCAUAAGAUUACAUAUCCAGUAGAGAAACAUGGAUUAAGUAGUCCAGCUGAGGACCUGGAGGUUUUAGGUUUUCUUUCCCAGAAGUGGAAAGAGGGUAAAAUAACACACACAUGGUAACCUUCAAAUAGACUUUGCCAAUACUUAAGCAUGGCUUUGCGUAACUUUUCUUACUAUCUUUGGUAAAUUGAAGUUACAUCUGUCUUCUCCUGUUUGAGCCUGUGGUGGUAUUGCAAUUCCAGAUAUUGAAGUAACUUAACUGUCAAGUAUUAAGCACAGGAUUCAGACUUCUACAGAAUAAAGUAGAAAGCAAGAUGAGGACCCAAAUCUUCAGUACUAAAGGUGAAGGGCAAAAGCUGUGGUUGGGCAACGCUCCUCUGUCACAACCAUAGAAGGCUGUUUCUUGCUAGAAUAAAAUUCCUCUAAUGCCCCUUUCUUAGAAGGAUGAAAUUCCCUCCUCCAAUAAAAAGCUAUCAGUAUGUCUGACUCUUGGAUGGCAGACUCAUAAGGACCACUUCAGCAGGACAUAUUUAAAAUGAGACUCUUAGUUUUAGUUAAGUUAGCAUAAGGAGACCUUUGCUAGAUAGGAGUCUAAAGUAGACAAGAAUAAACCUGAGACUAACCUGAAGCAUUAUUUUAAAAAUAUCAAACAGCCUUAUAAGCAGCUGACUUUCAAAAAUGAUGAGCAUCUAGCAACUUCAUUGACUGAACUGGGGAGCUUCUAGGUGCUCAGCACAACUUAUGCUGUCAAGUAUAAAUCAAGACACCUACUCCUAAAAAAAAAAAAAUCUUGACUUGUGCUUUUAUGUGUGGGGUUUCCUUGCCAUGUUCAGGAAGAAAAAUUGAACCAGUUUGAAAACUGACGACUCCUUUUUCUAAAGUUCAUGUGGUUACCAAAUCUACUGACUGACUACCAAAUACUUCAUACCCAGGCAAGUAAGCUUACCAAAAUUGGUGCACAGGAGCAAGUCAAACACAGGUAGUAUUGGGUUCUCCAAUGCCACUAACAAGGACCACUAGUAAGGCAGGAGGAGAACUCUCUUAAGAGGAUCACAAGAGUAACACUAUACCUCAAAUAUUGUCCCUUUUUUAAUGGAUUUUUAGUCUAUCAGUACCUGAACGUAUCCUUUAUAUUAACUUUAGUACUAGCCUUUUGCCUGAAAGGGUCAUGUUUCUCAAAUAGAUGUGUAUAUGAGUUAAAACUGUUUAUCUUGUAGGAUCUAAUGGAUAGAUCUUUAACAAAACAAAAUAAAAAACCCACACACCUUUGCUCCUAUUUUGGUGCCUGAAGGAAGUAGCCAGAUUCUUGUGUGUACAACUCCCCUCUUCUGUGAGCUGCUGAUUGCUGAGAUCUCUCUCAAAAAAAAUCUAGCCCUAAAGUCUUACUAACUGUAAUAAAUCCAACUACUGCAGAUCUGCCUUGGUGGUAUUGCUGCAUCUACCCUAAAGCAGAAAAGGGGUCGGGGGGAAAUCAAGGCCAGGAAGUUACCCAGCAAGGGUAACCAUCUUUCUACCAGAGGAAAAAUGCCAGAAGAAAAGGCUUCUAUGGAUUCCUGUUGAGCCAGGGGUAGCUAAGCUCUAGUUUCAUAAAACAUUUUUUUUUUCUUGUUCAAAGUGCUGGUGUAGUAACCAGAUUCCUGAGUUGCAAAGAAGCCACAUGCUAGAUGGCUACCCUGGCUCAGUAUCUUCCUAAUGGCCAGUUUCUUGGCUUUAAUUUUUUGUGUGUUGAAAUACUUUUUUCCCCCUCCCAGUCUGCUUUCCUAAAGUUAAGGUCUUAAAGCCAUAUCUAGCUCUGUACCAGACUCACAACUGGCACUGGCAAAAGAGUGUUGCUAGAAUGUAUCUUAUUUCCUCUGUCUGCCUCCACAGCAAUCCUGGCCUAAUGAUGUGAUAGAGCUGGAGUAAUAAACAGCCUUGCAUAAGGUGCUACCACUAGUCUAGCUUUUCUCUAUUUCAAAAUAUUCUUGGCAACCUAUUCACUGGCUUAUUUAAUGUUGUAAAUCCUUUUUUAGCACUGGGUAACAUGAGACAGAGAACUGGGAAGAGUUUAAGUAGCAGCCCUAACCUAAAUUUAGGCUGCUCACUUAAUUCAGUCUCCCUUAGUGAUAUUAAUGAUGCCUUUGCAACUAGGCUUUGUGCUUCCAUUGCAUGCUUCUGGUUCAAGAAGAGGUUGAAUAUGGGGUAAGAGGCUGAACUGCAAUAGUUAAUACCUCCUGAGUGGAUACUGGAAGCAAAACUUCAUUUGAAUAGAACUCAAAUAUUGUAUUAGCACUAUCUCUUCUCACUCUUGCAGGAGUAGCUUCACAGAAGUCUUCAAAAACACCAGCAGUGUAACUUAGAUUCUCCUGUGGCUCAAGUGUUGUUUAGACUGUUGACCAGUUUUGCUGGGCUAGCCUGAUUUGAGACUAAGGGUGUGUCUACACAGCAGUCAGAGGUGUGACUGCAGCAUGUGUGGAUGUACACUUGCUGCAGUCACCCUGAUUUGCAGUGUAGCCAUAACUAUAGGCAGUACUAUGUGCCCUCUUGAAAUCUAAUCUCUACUAAGGCUUGGUCUGUACUGCCAACUAAUGUCUGUGUUGCUACGUUGCUCAGGGGUGUGGAAAAUCCACACCCCUGAGCAACAUAGUUAUACUGACCUAACAUCUGGUGUUGACAGUGCUGUAGCAAUGGGAGGGCUUCUCCUGUCAGCAUAACUACUCCACCUCGGUACCUAUGCUGAUCGGUCAAGCUUAGUGAAGUGUAGAUAAGUCUUAAGACUUCCUGUUUAUCUUCUCUCUCCCCCCAAAUUUUUUUUAGAGGCAGCCGAGCUAGUGUUCUAAUCAACGGCUAAUGCACAUUAGGCAAAUGCACCCAAACAUUUAGACCACAGCAGGUUUCUUCAGGGUAAAUUAACACUCCAGCUUUCCGCGAACCAACUCUGUGUAGACAAGUAUUGGUGAAAUUGCAAGUUGGUACCAAAGUAAAGGCCAGUUUCUACCGGGAAUAAAUCUGGUUGUUUUGCUUUAAAAACUGAUACUCUGAAUGACCACCUCUGUGUGAUUCAUAGCUACUCCGAACAGGUGUGAGGACAGCAGCAUUUUACCUUUAUUGCAAAUUAAGGGAAGAGCAAAUAUUACCAUAUUUGUCCUCUGCUUAUCCAGUUAUCAGUUAGACUGGUGGCUAAAGAAUACUUUUUAAGGAAGCAGGUGGUGACCCUACCUCUAAAUGCCCUAUUCACAUCUGAUUUUUUUAUAUACUUAUGUUCAAAUACCAGCUGCUUUAAUGUUGGCCUAAAUUUUUACCCCUUAGAACAGAGACUUUAUAAUGAAAAUAACUCCAAUUUUCAUAUCAGAGUGACCUGCUGUUGGAGACAAGCACUUGGAUUUACAUACUACCUAUAUUUCAGGGGUUUCUAUUGCUGACUAAUGAUGUGGUAACUCUUGACUUCCUGUUCAUUGAGUGGUUUGAAAAGGGACUUAGAAGAGAAACAGUCUUAUCUUUGAGUUUCCUUUUAAUUUAAGCCUUCAGCCCAUCCACCAACUUGGAAUAUUCCCUCUCCUUUACUGAGGGACAUGCCACACUGCACUGGAUCAGGGUGUAGUAUUUUUGUGUGGCAGGAAACCAGUUCCUGUCUCAGCUGGCUCAGUCAGGCCAAGUUUGGGCAUUCUGAGGAACAUUCUCAGCCUUGGUAAUAUCUGAUGGGAAGACUGUGUUUCCAAGUGCUGAAGUCUUGCUUACCUAUUGCUCUUCACAGUAGUUAAAAUGUGUUGGUCUGUAGCUGGUUUUGAUUGGAUUAAAGGGCUUUUGAAAGAAACUGGGCUGUGUUCAUGGACACUGGAAAAAUUAAAGGUCAGAACUUCAUUCUUUUUUUGUUCUUCCAUUGUAAAUGAAAGGUGAAACAGCCACUCACUUGAGGCAUUUAGAGUAGUUCAGUUUUCUUUUUCCUUAACUGACUAAAGUGAUGUGAUAUUCUUGCUUUAGGUUUGGGAGGAACUUGUUCUGUACUUGUCCUUAACAAGUGGCUUUUUUGUUUUAAUAGCAAACUGUUUAAAAGCCAGUUCCAGAAACCUGCCCAGGGUACUUGGGAGAAACUGACUUUAUUUUUAUUUUUUUAAUUUGAGAUGGGAUGGGGGAGUUGUCACAGUUUGGCAUGAUUUUCAAACUUAUGAGCCCCCAGUGCUUAGGUAGGGCCUAUCUCAGAAUGGUGGGUCACUCUUAACUUGCUCACUCCCAUGCACCGUGAUCUCAAAUAGAUUUCUUUUUGUCAUGUUUAAAAUAAAAAAGUUGGAUGCUGGACCUUAACUAUGCCUUUGAGUUUCUUGGACAAAUAAAAACUUACAUUAAAGACUUAGCUGUCAUUUAAUGCUGCUGCUUGUGUGCUAAGCUUUACUUAUUGGAGUCUGUCCAGUAACAAUAAAUGGGUAUAAAACCAGGCAAAUAUUCCCAAUAUCAUGUUGUGUGGAACAGUGUAAAGUGUAUAGCUUGAAUAUAUAGCGCAAAAAGCAACUUCAUGUCUCUGGUCUGCUCUUGGGUGUAGCAGGUAACGAGUACAAACAUCUCAUGUCCCUAGGGUGAAGAGGCUAUGUCACUUGGAAGAGAACCAUAAUUUAGGAGUGGUAAGAUCUUGACAAAUCUCUUACAUUACAGUGGAGGUGAAAUGGAUCUGAGCGUAGUUGAGGAGAACCAACAGCACUGGAACGAGUCAGAUUAUGUUGCUUUCUAAUAAGUAUAUAUCCCAUGGAGGACACUCACUUAUCCUACUGGCCUCAACAGGGUUUAUUUACUUAACAGUUGAGGUAGGCACCUGCCUGGGCCCACUAUGGUAG